CCGACGAGCGGAGCAGGACAACUUUUUCGGGGGAAGUUGGAGAGUGGAGACGGCUCUAUCACACACAGCGGCGCAACGGGAUGCAAACUAAACUCAACACUGCUGUAUGCACAGUUAAAGUUGAAAGACUACUUUUUGUCGUUGGUAGCUCUAACGUACAAUGGACUCCCCACUUUUGGAGUUCAGUGACUCUUUCCUGGACAGUCCGGACUUCCAGAGAGCGUCCAAAUGCCAUGAAAUCGAGCUGGAGCGGACGAAUAAGUUCAUCAAGGAGCUCAUCAAGGAUGGCAACAUGCUGAUCACUGCGCUCAAGAAUCUUUCUGCUGCCGUCCAGAAGUUCUCCCAGUCCCUGCAGGAGUUCCAGUUUGAAUGCAUUGGUGAUGCAGAGACUGAUGACGAGGUGAACAUUGCCCAGUCAUUCAAAGAGUUCUCCCAGCUGCUGACCACUGUUGAAGAGGAAAGAAGACGCUUGAUUCAGAAUGCAGAUGAUGUGUUGAUUACCCCCUUGGAAAAAUUCCGGAAGGAGCAAAUCGGUGCUGCGAAGGAGGGGAAGAAGAAAUUCGAUAAGGAAACAGAGAAAUACUACUCCACGCUUGAGAGACACCUCAACUUAUCAUCCAAAAAGAAGGAAGCAUAUCUGCAGGAGGCUGACACGCAGAUUGAUAAGGAGAGACAACUCUUCUAUGAUGCGUCCCUUGAGUAUGUUUUCAAAAUACAAGAAGUGCAAGAAAAGAAGAAAUUUGAGUUUGUUGAGCCGCUCCUGGCCUUUCUGCAGGGCCUGUUUACAUUCUACCAUGAAGGAUACGAGCUGGCUCACGAGUUCGAGCCGUACAAACAGCAGCUCCAGUUCAACCUACAGAACACGCGAAACAACUUUGUGAGCACUAAGCAGGAAGUGGAGAAGCUGAUGAAGAGGAUAAGGUCUGCAGAUCAGGACUAUAAACCCCCAGGCCAGUGGACGAUGGAAGGCUUCCUGUACGUCCAGGAGAAACGUCCCCUGGGAUGCACUUGGACGCGUCACUACUGCACAUAUGAGAAAGGCAGCAAGACCUUCAGCAUGAGCAACACUGAAAACAAAUCGGCCGGGAAACAGAAUGGUCUCGUCCUGAACCAGCCGGAGAUGUUCAAGCUCAAGUCCUGCAUUCGGAGGAAAACGGACUCCAUCGACAAGCGUUUCUGCUUCGAUAUCGAAGUGGUGGAGAGGCAUGGCGUUAUGACACUGCAGGCACUGUCAGAGCCCAACAGAAGAUUGUGGCUGGAGGCCAUGGAUGGCAAGGAGCCGAUAUACAACCUGCCAGCCAUAUUAAGCAAAAAGGAAGAGACAUUUCUUAAUGAGGCGGGCUUUAACUUCGUAAGGAAAUGCAUUGACCUGGUGGAGAUUAGAGGCAUAAAUACAAUGGGACUGUACAGAAUUGGAGGGGUGAACUCCAAAGUACAGAAGCUGAUGACCACAGUCUUUUCAUCCAAGGCAUCUGUGGAUAUGGACCUGGAUCCGGAGACGUGGGACAACAAAACCAUCACCAGCGGCCUGAAGAAUUACCUCAGGUGCCUCUCUGAGCCGCUAAUGACCUUCAAGCUCCACAAAGAUUUUAUCAUGGCUGUCAAGUCAGACGACCAGAACUACAGGGUGUGUGCUGUCCACGCUUUGGUUCACAAGCUGCCCGAGAGGAACAAGGAAAUGCUAGAGCUACUAAUAAAACACCUCGUCACAGUUUCCACACAAAGCCAGCACAACCUGAUGACAGUGUCCAACCUGGGUGUCAUCUUCGGGCCCACCCUGAUGCGCUCACAAGAGGAAACUGUGGCCGCCAUGAUGAACAUCAAGUUUCAGAACAUUGUGAUGGAAAUCCUUAUCGAGAACUUCAACAAGAUCUUCCAUCAGCCUCCGGACCCCAAUGUGCCCCUGCCCCAACCGCAGAGCCGGCCUGGCUCUCGCAGGAGCAGGGCCAUCUGUCUGUCCACAGGGCCCAGGAAGCCCCGCAGCCUCUACACCCCUACACUGUGCCUGGCAGAUGCAGAAAGUGACACUUUCAGCAGCAGUCCAAGCAGCACCCCCAUGGGCAGCAUGGAGUCUUUGUCCUCCCACUCUUCUGAGCAGAACAGCUCCUCCAAAAUUGCUUCCUCCGCUCAGGUCAAGGACAAGUCGCUCCUGGACCUCCGCCGAACGCCAUCGCAGCUCUCGAAUGGCCCCAGGAGCGCCGUGUGUGUCAGCAGCCCAGAGUCCAGCUCCAGGGAGGACGCAGCGCGUACAGACGGAGAGUCAGAGGACGCCCUCAGCCUGUCCUCGGUCAGCACCGCACCCAGGCUAUCUCCUGCCCCCAAAAAAGCCCCGCACUGCCGCAUUGACCUCAGGCCAGCACCGCUGAACCGCUCAGCUGGUCCCUCUCUGAAAUCACUGCAUAUAUCUGAAGGCCACAGGAGCUGCUCUGGAUCUGUCCAAAGUCUGUCAACACUGGAGCCCAAUGAGAGUUUAAAGCCUACAGCGCAGCCAGACCUUCCUCCAAAACAAGUGAUCCGCUACAGGAUGGACACCUCAGUCAGCAACGGCUACCAAAGACCCGGCUCAGUGGUCGCUGCCAGAGCGCUGCUUUUUGAAAAUGCCUCUUCCUCACAGUCGGUUCCAGUCGGAAGAGAUGCCAAGGCGAUGUAUUCCUGCGAGGCAGAGCACAGCCACGAGCUUAGCUUCCCCCAGGGGGCGCACUUCUCAAACGUCUACGCCUCUGUUGAACCCGGCUGGCUCCAAGCAACAUACGAGGGAAGAACAGGUCUAAUCCCCGAGAAUUAUGUCGUCUUCCUCUAACAAGCUGGUAAACAUUGCAUCUUUUUCAUGGUAUCCAUGGAGAAAAAAAAGCAAUACACAAUGUUGCUGAUUGUUGUAAUGUUCCUAUUAUUGCUGGUAACUGAUAUUUCUGCAUUUUGUGCCUUGUGUCUUAGGAGAUAUCAAGCAUGGCAGUAAUGCUUUAACAGUGCUAGAAGUCCAAAAUAUGUCCCUCAUUUUCUGUAAUGACUUCGUUGUGAAAUGUUUGGGGAAUCUGCAGAGAUUCACAAGUUAAGAAGUAAUAGAGUGCUCCAGGGUUAUUUUUACAGGCCAACCAGGAAGUUAGCAUCGCCCCGCCCCGGUUCCCUCGACUUGGAUUACUGGAGAAAAAUAGGCUUGUUUAUGUUAAUCUUAAAAUAAUCUCCACAGAUCAACACCGCUUUUAUCAUUUUUGAAGCUUAAAUGCAAUCACCAGGAUUAAAAAAGCUAACGUUAAGGUAUAAACAAACUACACCACGGUCACGUAGCACGAGUAUACACAACAACGCUGUAACGAAGGACAAAUCGGCGUGAUGACGUUUAGUAGUCUCAUUUAGCAACCGCCUUUUUAAAGAUACAUAAAGGUUUCAAAUACACAAGUGGGGUAUUUAUUGAUAUAUUUUAUAUCGUAAAAUAAAACGUUAAAAUCUCUUAAGCUUGCGUUAACCGCAGAUCUUAUUUCAGGCUUCUAACUACAAAACGUAGCUAUAGGGACGGUCCACAUUUCCCAUCAUGCCUGCCUAGUCCCAAGUGCUGGACUGGGUAGUUUACGUUUGCUGUUUUAUGUUCCAAAAUGCAAAAGUUACUUUUGUUAGUGUUUGUAAUGUAAUGUGUCUGUUCAGAACAUGGUGGUUCAUGUGAUUUUUUGGAUUAUUGUGAUUUUUAUUCUGGUUUAUUUUUUAAUUUUUUUGUUCAAACCAUGAGUGAGGUGGCUGUUACAUUUCUUGAGUGCAGCUGGAUUUCCCUUCAAAUGUACGUGUGGGCAGAAUCGGAGAAAAAAAAAAAUCGUCAAUCCUGCUUUUGAUUUUGAUGGUCGAGCUCGAAAGCCAAUUUCGAUAGAUUUCCGAAUUAGAAUUGUAAUUAUGACACCCCAACUGAAAA